AUGGCCAGUGAUUGUGAAAGUGACAACUCAUAUGAUAGUGAUGACUUAUGUGAUGAAAUUGAAGAAAAUGAAGAGAUUCAAACACUUUUUUUAUGUGGUCUUGCUGUCAAAGGGUUACUAUUGACUCAUAAAUCAAAAUAUGUUCGUAGACCUCGCCGUUCAUUUUCACGCACAGGAAGCAUGCUUAUCAAUGAAAUACUUAACGAUCAUGAGAUCCGAUGUUAUCAACUUUUCAGAUUACAAGUCCCGACUUUCAACAUGUUAUGUAGGGAUCUUGUAGCACAUUAUGGGUUAAAGAAAUCACGUCAUGUAUCUAUUGAAGAGUCGGUUGGUAUUUUCUUGUUGUACUUAGCACAUGGAUGUGGAAAUCGGUUAGUUCAAGAGUUCUUUAAUCAUUCUGGGGAAACAAUCCAUAGACAUUUUCAUAAAGUCUUGGAUGUUGUGGUUAACCUAAGUAAGGAUAUCAUCAAACCAAAUGCUAACUACAAUGAAACUGAUUGUAUUGGUGUCAUCGAUGGAACACACGUGAAGGCCUCUAUUCCGCAACGUGAGCAAAUCAAAUACAUUGGACGAAAGAAUUACGUUACUCAAAAUAUUAUGGCAGCAUGUGAUUUUAACAUGUGCUUUACCUUUGUGUGGGCUGGAUGGGAGGGGACUGCACAUGACAUGAGAAUUUUUAAUGAAGCGCGAAGGAGACGUGAAGUUAAGUUUCCACUUCCAGCCGAUGGUAAGUUUUACCUUGUAGACGCCGGAUAUCCUAAUACAAAAGGUUAUCUUGCUCCCUACAAAGGUUCAAACAUCCGUUAUCAUAUUCCUGAUUUUCGACGUAGACAGACUCGUGCCUCGCAGGAACCAAAAGGCUUCAAAGAAAAAUUUAACUAUUAUCAUUCGUCACUUCGCAAUGUAAUUGAACGAACUUUUGGAGUCUGGAAGGCUCGAUGGGUGUUACUAAGAGAUAUGCAUGUAAAUUUCAACUUCGAGACCCAAGAUAAAAUUGGGCUAGCUUCAAUGGCAAUUCACAAUUACAUUAGAAUGAGCGGUAGUGGUGAUACGACAUUUCAAAUAGCGCAAGAAGAAUCUUAUAUUUUGUGCAGUGAUGAAGGACCCGAUAAUGGUAUUGAGCCACAUGACGAAGUAUCAAGUACACAACGUAGAAGUGAUGAUAUGUAUAUGAGUGCAGUAUGCGAUAUGAUUGCAGGACAGAUAUCCUCAAGGUCAAACACUCGUGCACGUAACGGCGUACGAUUUGUUUUGAAACCAUUUAGUAUUUUCAUUUUAUCAUUAAUGGUUUAA